UUUUAAUUUGAUCGAAUCAUUAAAACUUUUUUAUUAUUCUGGAUGCGAUGCAAGUUCGUUUUAAAUUUAUUGUUGGUGUUUAUGCUGAAUUUUGGAGGGGUAUACUUUUAGAUUCAUAAUCUCGAUUCUUUAUUUCAUUUUUUUCACAAAAUAACAGUUGAAUACAUUUUAUUAGCUCGUAGUGACCUGUCACAGAAUACCAACUCACAUUAUCUAUCGACUUUUCUUCAACACCUUAUUUGCAAAUUUUCACUUUUUAUCACUUAUAUCUUUUCAGGUCAUCUAGUUAUAUCUCGGGUUGGAAAUUUACAUGUAUAGAUAAGAAUUGAUCUAACUACGCGCGAGACGUGAUAAAAAAGAAAUUGAACUUUAUACGAAGUUAUAUUAUUUUUUCAAUUUUUUGAUCUUAAAAAUGAUAAUGAAGUAAAAAGAAAUGUUUUAAUAUACAACGAAAGAAAAUUGCUAUUUUGAAUUUUUUUAAUGUUAGACUCGGUCCACGAAUGCUCGAAAGUCGUUGCAGCGUUAGUUCAACCGGGAAUCUGGUAAACCCUGCACUCAAUUUUGAAUUUCAAAAUAGGAAAGUAUUAAGAAAUGUAUUUCUACUAAAAUUCUGGAUUUCUGAUUUUCAAUAUAAUUUGAAAUCAAAUGGUCGUAAGGGUGCACACGUUACAUGUUGUAUGAAUUACAAGAUUUUCAAUGAUACGAAAAUCAAGAAUACAAAUAUAACGAAUAACAGAUUAUCGUAAUUUUUCUUAAAUAUAUAUGAUAAUUUUAAGCUUUAAAAGACAAAUAACGGAGUGUCUUAAAGCUCCUACGAUGAAGAACUUCUAAAAGCCAAUGCGAGCUAUGGCAACAAAAGAGAUCUAUUAUGCCACUGUUUAAUCAGAUGUUUUAUUACUGGACAAACGCUGGCGUGUUAUUUGUUGUUUGAGUAUUGUGAAAGAUAUUUUUGAAAACACAAGUUAGAAGAGAAAUUUUUGUAUAUUUUUAGUAAAUAAUUUUAAAAAAUAAUUCCAAGACAGAGUUUAUGUAAGGGGGGACGUGUAUGACGUAAAUAUCUUUAAGUGGAAAUCUGCCCACUAAUAAUAAUAAAUAAUCUCACUCAUCUGGAAUAAAAGAGAUACUUGAAAUAUUUUUAUUUUUAGAAUUUUUGCAAGUUUCUGAAAUAAAAUGGCUUUAUCAAAAGUUGAGCUUGCUGCCAUGUUGGAAUGUAAGAUCUGUUUAGACACCUAUCAUCAUCCUAAACAAUUAAACUGUGGACACACUUAUUGCCAAGAUUGUCUAGAUAGUAUUUUAGUGUUUAUGGAAGAUGGAAGUGCUGAACUGCCUUGUCCAGUGAGGUGUACUAAAAAGACAACAAUAACUCAGGAACAAACAACAUCCUCGUUAGUUAAGGUGUUCACAUUAACUGGCAUUUUGGACAAAGUUUCACCUGGUGAAAAUGUUAAAUCUUUAUGUCAGCAAAGUAAAGAAUGUAACCAGAUAAUCAACUAUUCCUGUACAACAUGCAGUUUAAAGAUCUGUAAAAAAUGUCAAAACCUUCAUUCUUGUUCCAACAAAUCAUAUAUCAAUGUCAUUUUCAAUCAAAAACUGCAAGAACUCCAACCAUUUUGUAAGCAACACGACUCGCUUGCAAAAUUUGUCUGUAUUGAUUGUGAAAAUUUGUUAACAUGUGUUUAUUGCACACACAGACAACAUAAGAAUCACAGAAUAAAAACGAUUGAUGAUUUUGGUCUUGAAGCUAAAAAGUGGUUUCAGUCGUUUAUCAACUCAUUCGAUGAAACAAAAGUGGUGUUGAAAAAUUUAACAAGAAUAUACAGUGACGCUCUAACAAAUUUAGAGAAAGAAAGAGAAGUAUUUGUUCAAAAAUUAGAAGAAAGAAAGUUAAAGCGACUAGAAGAAUAUCUCAAAAUGUUAAAUAAAGAAGAAGAAGAUCUAUUGCGGAUAUUCGAUGAGAAAUCGGAACAAUUUAAAGCAAAAUUGACUAAUGAUGGUUUUGUCGACAAUAAGAAAGUACAAGAAUUUGCAAAUUACGUUCAAGCUUUUAAUUUAAAAUCUCAUUUUGAGUUAGUUACUGAAAAGUUGGAAAUUGAACGACAACUUCGCAGGCUAUCCUCGUUUCCAAGAACUAUCCCAACAUUCAAUUCACAUCUUCAUCAAAUGAACAAAGCGGAUAUUUCGUCAAAUCCGUUGGGCGAAAUGAAAAUUUCAAUUGAUGAAAUCACCACUGCUGGUGUAGAUCCCAAUGAAUGUUCUGUUUAUAGAAACUUGAUUGAUGAAGAUGAAACCCAACCCAACUAUUUCCAAUUAACAACUGAUUUAAUGAAUUUAGUUGAAAGUCUGAAAAAGUACGAGAAACCAAAUGUAAAUCCUCGUUCUGGAAAACAACAGCAGAAUGAUGUAAAGCCAAAAAGUUUCCAGCUUGCUAAAAAGCGUUACUCUUUUGAAGAACUUGAAAAAAUCAUUAAAAAUGGCGAUGUCAAGACAUUUCAAUCAAUUCUUAUUGAUCAUCCAGAUAUCGUUAAAAUGAGAAGUGGUUAUUAUGAAACAACACUGUUGAUUAUAGCAGCACGUUACAAUAAACCAUCAAUAGUGAAAUAUUUGAUCGAUGCUGGUAGCGAUAUGUAUGCUGUGAAUAAAGAUAAAUGGAAUGCAUAUCACUACAGUGCAAGUUGUGGUCAUCGUGAUGUUUUGAAACUUUUAAUUAAUCAUGACGUAACAAACAUUAACAACGUAAACAAUAACAAUGACACACCAUUACAUGUUGCAUCUUUUUUCGGUCAUACUGAUUGUGUGAAGUUGUUGUUGUCUAUACAACACAUCGAUGUCAAUAUACGAAACAGAUGGAACGAAACUGCCUAUGAUGUUACUUGUAAUAACACUAUCGAACGUUUAUUACAAGAACAUCAAAGAAAUUAAGAACAUUUUCAGACAAUUAUAUUUUUUAACUUACGUAAGCAAAUUAUUAAAAGCAUAUAUCGUCUUUUUUAUUAGAACUAUAGAUUAUAGUAGAAUAGGUUUCUUAUUUAUUUCAUAAAUUUACGUUCACAAAUUUCAAAACAUGACUUCCUAAGAAGAUAAUGGUAUAAUAUAUCAAAUACAAAAAAUUUAGCUGGGAUGUGUCAUCUUUACUAACAGUGAGUAAGACACCUCACUAGUUUGACAAACAGGACGAUUUGCUGUUUGUUUCAGAAUUAAGCCGAGAAAAACGUUUCAAACAGAAUUUGUUUUAAGAAACACCACUGGCUCUUUCUGGACUUAUCAUCAAAGUCUUUUUCUUUAAUCAAGAGCGUAAAAACCCCCAAACAAGUUUUCUUCACAUGUAUACAUCGCAAAUAUAUCACACUAGUCACUUUGCAUUACCUCGUUUAUCAAUUCCACGGAUAAAAUAUAUAGAACCUGGGACGAGGUUGUCGUCCCUAAAUGACAAUUAUCUUGUAUCAACACGAAGAAUCGCAAUCGAUAUAUGAGACACCCGUCAAUUUUAAAUUCCUCAUCUAUUAAUUUUACGGCUAAAAUAUAUAGAACCUGAGACGAGGUUGUCGUCCCUAAAUGACAUCUAAAUUAUCUUGUAUCAAUACGAGAAAUCGCAAAUAUAUAACACUCGUCUCUAAA